AGGUGAGUAAUAUCUUCGGGUCCCACCCCUGGCACCGUGUCCUCCUCUCCCGGCAGGACCGUUCCAUUUGGGGCCCAAGGUGGCCCAUGGAUCCCAGAAAUAGGACCGCAGCAGUUAGCGAGUUCAUCCUACUGGGCCUGACGGAUGGGAAGAUGCCCCAAUCCAUCCUCUUUGUGGCUGUUCCUACUGACCCUCCUGGUCACUACUUGGGGGGGGGGGGGAAUCUCAGCAUCAUCCUAGCCAUCCUGCUGGAACCCCAGCUCCACAACCCCAUGUAUUUUUUCCUAGGGAACCUGUCGCUCACGGACAUCAGCUGCAUCACCGUCACUGUCCCCCACAGGCUGGGGAACCUACUUUCCCAGAAGAAGACCAUCUCCUUGGCUGGCUGCCUCGCCCAGCUCUUUUUCUUCCACCUCCUGACAGGGGCGAACUGCUUCCUGCUCACGGCGAUGGCCUACGACCGCUAACUGGCCAUCUGUCACCCUCUCGACUACAGGGCCAGGAUGAAGUGGUCCGUGCAGGUGGCGCUGGUGGGGGCCUCCUGGGCUUGUGUCACCAACGCGCUGACUCACACGGUGGCCAUGUCUACCCUCUACUUCUGUGGGCCUAACGUCAUCAACCACUUCUUCUGUGACAUUCCCCCUCUCUGCCAGCUCUCCUGCUCCAGUAACCACCACAACCAGCUGCUGCUCUUUGUGACGGUCAUCUUCAUGGCCCUCAUCCCCAUCGGCUUCCUCGUGCUCUCCUACACCCACAUCGUAGUCGCCAUCCUGAGGCUCCGCUCGGCCGAGGGCCUACGGCAGACCUUCUCCACCUGUGCCUCCCACCUGAUCAUGGUCUGCAUCUUCUACGGCACCGGCAUCUUUAGCUAUAUGCGGUUGGGCUCAGGGGAUGCAUCAGAAAAGGACAAAGUGAUCGGGAUACUUAACAGCAUAGUCAGCCCCACACUCAACCCUCUGAUUUACAGCCUCCGCAAUGCGGAGGUGAAAGGGGCCCUGCGGAAGGUGUUCACACGCAGGCAGCCUGUGUAACUGGGAAAAAAACAACAGAAAACACCCAUUUCCCUUCCUCGAGACACAGGCACCUGUUCCUCCUGAGUCUUCCUCCACAGUCCUCUCUGAAGAGCUCAGUAUCUACCCUGCACAUGGUGAGCUCUCAAUAAACAUUAGGGAUUGAUCCAGGACAGAUCCCUUCACCAGGCACCUCCCUGAGGUGAUUAAUUCAUGUAUUUAUUAAGCACUCACUAUGGGUU